AUGCGUAUCACUGCUACCCUGUUCAACUCAAGCACAAAAACGACAACAACGAACACAACAAUAACAACAACAACAAACGACAACAAAAACGACAACUACAACAACAACAAGGACAACAACAACGAUAAGAACAACAACGACAAGAACAACGAUAACAAAAACAACAAAAACGACAACAAGAACGACGACAACAACAAAAGCAACAAUAACAACAACGACGACAACAAGGACAACAAUAACAAAAACAACAGCGACAACAACAAAAACAACGACAACAACGACAUGAACGACAACAACAACGACAACAAUAACAACAACGACAAGAGCAACAACGAUAACAAGAACAACAACGACAACAAUAACAACGAUAACAAGAACAACAACGAUAACAAAAACGACAACAACAACAACGACGAGAACAAUGACGCCAACAAAAACAACAAUAACAACAACGUAAAGUGUUGCGUGGGGCCGGCACCGGAAGCACCUCGCGACCCUGGGGCGUGGACGCCGGCAGCGAUGACGAGGGUGGCUACAGCGAGAACAAAACUGGUGUCAAGAACACCGACGAUAUAUCUACCUUACUUGUAUCAGUAUAUGUAA